ACUACAACACAGUUUAUUUUGAGGAAGGUUGCCAAUGAGGGUUUGUUGAAUGGAAAAGAGUAUUGUUUACUUCUCAUAACUACUUAUGCGGUACAUUUCUUUGGCAUUGACCGAGUUUCUACAUUGAAAAGUUAAAGGAAAAUACAUUUCAGCGCAUCUUUCAUUGAUAGCAGACAUUUUACUAUCAACAAUCCUCUUCAUCUGAGGUUCAUCUGAGCAAAGAUGAGCAUUUCAAAACCAUAUGGAUGCAAUUACUCUUUCCCUGAGGUUGUGAUGCCAGUGGAUUUGGCCAUGCAUGCGCAAGUUAGCCCACAGCUCAUUGGCAUGUCCUCUCUCAGGCCUUCUUCAUCCAACAUGUCCUCACCGGAGCUUCUAAGAGCCAGACUUUCACCUCCUUCCCCAACAUCUUCACUGUCUUCCUCCAGCUCUGGCAGCUCCCUGUCCUCGUACUCUCCUGAAAGCAGCACGCUACGCAAGAAGAAGCGAGUCGUUUUCGCUGAUGCUAAAGGCCUCGCUCUCUCCUCCGUGCGCAUCUUCACCGCGGACCCAUCGGAGACUGAAACAGAAGAUGCCCCACAACCAGAGGAGUGUGUGAAGGCUAGAGCACCCAUACAGAGCAUGAGACUGCGACUGAAGCUUGGUUUUCCACAGCCUGUUGUAGACCGUGCAAGCUUGAAGGUAAACUUCGUGCAGCUGGAGAGCUGUAGCGUGACCGAAAGGGUGUUGAGCGGAACUGUACGGGUCUGCAACCUUAAGUGUGACAAGACUGUCUUUAUCCGAAUAACUUUUGACUCAUGGCGAAGCCAGAAAGACAUUGCAUGCACUUAUGUGAGAGAACAACAUACAAAUUUGGAGACCAAAUUGUAUGCUUUUAAUGUGUCUUUACCGUCCGAGCUGAACCAAAAGGACCGCCUGGAAUUCGUAGUGGGAUUCCAAUCCGGCAGCUUGAAGCUCAUAGACCACAACAAUGGAAAAAACUACCAGAUUUAUGUGGAAAACGUGGCAUCGGAACCUCGGCUGGUGAUGCCAAGCAGGCGGAACUUCGUUACACCAAGUCCUCAACGUCUUUCUGUGUGGCCUGUGGUCAGAAGUCAUCCUCUACAGAUCGCGAAAAACCUGGCAUGCAAAAGCCCACCCUACCCAGACCGUCUGGUACACAGGACCUGGGGAAGAAUGACAAAUGUGGCUCCAUUGUGUUAAGAUGGGACUGAGACACUUGUGUGGUCCAUAUUUCUACCUAAGAAUGACUUCAUGCGCCCCAGUGUUGUACAUAUCACUUACUUGAAUGGACUAUCUUGCUUGGUGCUUGCUAGUUUGCACAUGCUGCCGAGGCAGUGAAAUGUGAAUGUUUACAUUAGCCUAAGUUUAUUUGAUUUUAAUUUGCACAUUACAUUUAAUAAUACAAGUUUUAUGGGGAAACAUUCCUGUGUCUGAAGAAGUAAAUUAACAUGUAAAGUGCAGAAGAAUCUUUUGUAUGUAUGUAUGUAUGUAUGCAUGUAUGUAUAAAUGUAUAUAUUAUUUAUUUUGAACUAUGUCAUUAAAAGGAACUGCUUGAUAUGAA